CACUUCACAGUUGACAGAUUGCUCACGUCCAAAAUAAUCGCGCUUUUAAAACUGCUGUUUAACGCCUUUGGCUAUACCACUGGAAUCAGACUCUGAUUCCCCAUUCUUCACCAUCUUCUUUCUCUUCAUACGACACUUUCCAUACACCUUUCCCCAACCUCCACUGACGACAUCCGACACAAUGCCGUCUAACUGGGAUGAUAGAUUCACGCACUACGCGGAAUCCUUCCUCGGUCUCGGUCCUCUCUGGCUUUGCUUGUUCCUCGUCCUAGUCCCCUAUGCCAACGACUACUCCUUCUGCUGGCUGUCCCUCAUGGCACCGCAGCAGACCGAAUUUGGCUUCAACGAACCCAUUUCUCCGGCAAAAUGGUACCUUGGACUAUGCAUGAUCCUCGUCUCCGCGGCUCUCAAGGCCAGCUGGUUUGGUGCUUGGUUGCAGGUCUUGAUCACAACCAGGCUCUGCGAUCGCCAUUGGAAGCCUCCCAAUAACCCUUCCACAAAGAGAAUCAUGCAGGUGGAUAAUCUCCGAUUGGAAGAUCAGAUGUUCCGCGGCUCCAUACCCUACGAAGAAGGUCGACGACCCCGAAAAUGUCCGUUCGGUUGUCCAUUCGAUCUAUCUGAUCGGGUGUACCAUUGUACGAGAUGGAAUCGCUGUCUCCCUGUCUACGACCACUACUGCAGGUACAUUCGGUCAACAGUCUACCUUCGAACCUUGAAGCCGUACUGCUUCCUACUGUUCAUCUUGCCCAUCGACGCGGCUUAUAGCACUGUUAUAUCACUAUACGCCCUUUGUGACACGUCUACAAGAUGGACAGCUCCGUUCGUUGGUUCAAUCAUCGCCUGUUCGCUGGUGGUCUUCAUCAUCGUCCUCGACAACUUCAUAGACGGCUUCAGACGCCUCGUAUUGAGGAACUGCGUAGGACCGGAGCUCGGUGAGGAUAAGUGGACACUCGCCUUCAAGUACCAAGACAACGACGAGUACCGCCUUCGAGUACACGAGUUCGAAGAGAACCCUUGGGAUCUCGGCCCGAUGGAGAACUUUCGCCAAAUAUUCGGGCAACGUUGGUGGACGUGGUUCUUUUUCUGGUGGACUUCGGAAACUGUCUUGCGUUACGGAGAUUAUUCGGAUAGAGAUCUCCCGUACGCAGACUUCGUCACCAGGGAGUUCACGGAUCAGAUCAUGCCGAGACUGACCGGUGUCGCCAUUGACCUACCCGCCCCUUCCCUGGGUGGCGAAGGCCUAAAUCGCCGACAGUCAGCUCUCUCGGAUAUCGAACGCCGCCGUCAACAACGACCGGGUGAUACGUCUACAAACCAUGUAGGAAUGAUCACUACUCGGUACGAACACGGCAAUAUCCGUCGGCUGGUCCAGGGCCACUCAAGCGGCCAUGACUUGGGACCCUGAUCGACAUCCGGUUCUUCGUCGAACGGCGUGUAAGGGCAUGUAGAUGGAGCGAUGGGACCGGGGAUAGCCUUGGAUUGACUAACCCAAAGCUAAGUCUACCCUCUCUUAUUUCUCUCUUCCCCUUUGCUUCUUCUUUUCCCCUCAUGUCUUUCUCCCCUUUCCCUUUCCCUUUCCCCUUUCCCCUCAUGUCUUUCUCCCCUUUCCCUUUCCCUUUCCC